AUGUCUUUCAACGGUAUAGGGCUCAAAAGCGCCAAGGGUUCGUCAACGUCCGGUCAUAUUCAGCAGUCAUUGGCAUUGAACAAAGACCGAAAGAACGUCAAGAACUUUCAAAAUCGCAUAGAGAAAUCCAAAGAUCACACCAAGAGUAAGUUUAAACCGAUCCGCAAGGAUAAGAGCAUCUUGGAGCAUUUGAGUCAGCGAGAAGUGGAACUACGUGUGUCUGAGUAUCGCGAUAAGUUAGAGGACAACGAUGAGCUGGAUGACGCUGCAAUUGAUGCUAAGUGCCACGAAUAUCGGGAAAAGCUAGCAGCGGAAUGGAAGAAGGAGCAAGAAGAUGAGAAAGUGCGAGGAGCCUAUGUGUCCCGAAGAAAAAGACAUAAAAACGAUGACAAAGAGAAAGAAGCUGAAAAACGUUAA